AGCAGUUUUUUUGCGUAUGUUUGCGGAAGUAAAAUGCUUUUGCCUACGCUGGUGUUGUGUCGCAAUCGGUGGCCUAGCCAAAACUGUGACCACCAGGGGUUGCGAAAUGUUCGGUUCUACAAUUAGCUAAAUGUAUGCUACUAGAAUCUAGUACAUUUAACGUUAACUAGAUGGUAGAAAAUGAGCUUAGAUGCUACAACUCUUUUGCUACUGCCAUUCAACUGUGAUAACAUUUUAAAAAGAUUAAACAUGGUUCAAAUGUAACUUAUUACCUUUGAACAGUGUUGUCAUACAACUGUCUAUCAAUGACGCUGCUGAUUUGUUUGGAACUUUUCUGCGGCAUAUUGGAAAAAAAACGUCUCAUCGAAGGCAAUGGAGUUGAGCAACUCUUCCUAUCUAUGGCUCUGAGACGGACUAAGUAGCUGGCUUAGCUAGCUAGCACUAUGCUAACGCACGCUUAAUAUUAGUACUUAGCUUGCUAGUUAGUGGAUACUGGAUACAUUUAGUUUUGUAGUCUACUGUAGUCUGACGUCAUCUACUUCACGAGCGCCUCAAGUAAAGAAACUGCACAGAGGUGUGAAUAAAACUACGGUUUGGCGCGAAGACGUGUCCUGUCUACGUCAGACACGAGAUGGAAAGCGGGUGUCAGUGUUCCCUGAGCGAGGCGCUAGAAGAUGUCUCUCAGCAAGGCUACGCUCAGUCAGUGGCCUUCCAGGAGAAACAGCAAACUCUCAGCUGUCUGCAGGCCACGCUGGCAGAUGUAACCCAGGAAGGGGAGGAAGCUGGGAUGGAGCUGAGAUCUGUCAGCAGGCAAGUGCUCCUGGUGGAGGGAGAGAUAGAGCUGCUGCAGAGACACAUGGACACCCUCACCUCCAGCUCCCUGUCUGUCCACAACCUGAACACCCAGCUGGGCUUGCAGAUACAGGAGCAUGAGGGGCACUUUCACCUGGACCUGGCAGGGUACAACACCUAUAGAAACAAUAUGGAGGGCCACAAGGCAGCCGUGCUGCGGGCAGAGAGCCUGACAAAGGGUCACAGGGAGCUGGAGGAGACCAGGGCGAAGGUUCAGGCGCUGAUGCAGAAACAGGAGGAGCUGAGCACUGACCUGAGGAACCCAGAGGGCGUGGCUGUGAGGCAGGAGCAGAGAGAGAUUGAUGAAGUGAAGGAUCAGAUCUCAGGCCUCAGAAAGACCAUGAGUCAGCAGAGAGAGUUACUCCUCAGGGAGUUUGAGAGUCACUCAUGCAUAAAGAAACAAAUAGAGAUCCAGACCAGGCGCUACGAAGCCAUAGUGAAGCGUCUGCACUGCCAGCUGAAGAAGGCCCAGGCAAGCCACAGCCAGGUGACUGUUGACAUCCAGCACCUGCAGGGACAGGUGGACACACUCAGGACACAACUGGAGACAUCGGAGGUGGAUCCCCUCCUGACUGACCCUCCAGAGAGCGUCCUGGAGAGAUUCUAACACCAAGGACCAUGGGCAUUGUUUUCUAGUGUGGUUGCGCCCCAAUCAGAGUGUGUGACAGUUAGAGAUGAUAGCAACACAAUGGUUUACCUUAGUGAGAGAUGAUGGCCUCAGGAAGAAUCCACAAUCCUUCAGCAGUGUUGAAGCCUGUUCUGCUCUGCUGGUGCUCAUGAUGACUUGAACUCAUCUCAUAACAAAAGACUGUGACACGCCCUCUGCUCUUGUUAAUGAUGUUAUAUAAGCUGUGCUACCUGAGGGAGCCCUGGGAGGGUUGCUCAGUCAGUUGUCAGUGUAAUGUCAGUUUCUGUGUUGACGUGUGGGACUGUGUUUGGCCAGUCAGUUGUCAGUGUAAUGUCAGUUUCUCUGUUGACGUGUGGGACUGUGUUUGGCCAGUCAGUUGUCAGUGUAAUGUCAGUUUCUGUGUUGACGUGUGGGACUGUGUUUGGC